UUGUUUAACCAAUUGCAGCACUGUUCAGAUUUGCAGGAAUCAGGAAUUGGGUUCGCGUGAUGCAACGUUCUAAUUGGCUACCUGCUCUGACAAAGCCCUCUAUUUACCCAAGCGGUGAAAUGUAGUACAGGAGUUGACAAUACCAAAUCAAGGUUACUUACUUAACUAAACUCAUUACUGUUUUUCACUGAAGAGUAAGCUGUAAGAGGAAACUAAGGCACGAAACUCUGCCAGCGCAAAAAUGAACAACUUCACCGGGAGAAGUAGAAACGAUGAUGAUAACGUUAUUUCAGUUGAUGUCGACAGAGACGAAAUAGCGAUGAACUGCCUAGAACAAGAGCAUGAACGUGAAACUGAAAAUAUUAAACUGAAAAAGAACAGUAAUAGUAAUCACUUUACUAAUGAUGAUGGAGCAGGAAACGCGGGUGUCAGAAAACAGUUGUCUGUUUUCAUGUGCUGUGGACAGAAUAAAGUUAAAGCUGAUACAAAGAAUGGCAAGCAAGCAAUUUCGAAAGAUUUGGAAAAGAAACCUGCCAUUGCAGGAACUGGCCUGCUUUACGCCUUGUUGGCCUCAUUUCUUUUCUCAGUUGUAGCCCUUUUAGCGAAGAAAAUAGAGGGAGUCCAUUCUGUGGAAAUCAGUUUGAUCCGAUGUUUCUUCCAGAUCCUGUUUGUACUUCCCGCCAUUAUUUAUAAUAAAACUGGAUUUUUGGGACCAAGAGAUCAGAGAAUUUAUCUCUUUCUGAGAGGGUUUCUCGGUGCCAAUUCAAUGAUUCUGUUAUUCUACUCCGUGCAGCAGAUGCCUUUGGCCGAUGCAACUGUCAUUAGGUUCAGUAAUCCAGUCUUUACUGCGAUCUUGGCCUGGAUUUUCCUCAAGGAAAAAUGCACCAUCUGGGACUUUGUCUUUACCAUUUUCACACUGACAGGAGUUAUACUAAUUGCAAGACCCCCCUUCAUCUUUGGGUCCCGCACAGAGGGGAUUGAGGGAGAAUACACAAACCACAUGAAAGGAACCAUUGCAGCAUUUGCGGGCGCAGUAGGAGCUGCGUUCACUUUUGUUGUGCUCAGAAAAAUGGGGAAAAGCGUGCACUACUAUUUGUCUGUGUGGUACUAUGCAGUCAUUGGUUUCAUAGAAUGCUUCAUUGCUCUGUUUGUCAUUCAGGAGUGGAGCAUACCACAUUGUGGGGGGGACAGGUGGUUUUUAAUAUUGAUAGGGCUGCUGGGAGUAGCAGGCCAGGCCUUUCUCACCAAAGCACUGCAGUUUGAAAAAGCAGGCCCAGUGGCUUUAAUGAGAACUAUGGAUGUGGUGUUUGCCUUUAUAUUUCAGUUUUUUUUUCUUAAUCACUCUCCAACCUGGUGGAGUUUUGGCGGGGCACUCUGUGUAAUUAGCAGUACUAGUGGAAUUGCACUGCGUAAAUGGUAUAACAAUUCAAGACGUGGGUAAGCAAAACUACACUGACAGCCACAGCUAUACUUUGACCAUGUUCUCUACUAUACAGUUAUGCAUACUAUUAAUAGGGACUUCACUUUUGCCAUAAUCUAAGACUUUCAUAGAUGAAUAAUCUGAAUUAAUGUGUUCAAUUUUUUAUUUCCAAAUGAUACAUAUUUAAGAGUUACUUGGUGUACUUACGUGCUUAUAAAAUAUUAAUAUUAAAAUAUAGACGUCA